GCCAUGAGAAGAUAGACUUUUCUGGGAAGUCAAGCCAGUCGGUGUCGGCAAGGCGGCAGGACCUGAUGAAGAAAGAAAGGAAGAAAGAUGCGGCUUAAUGCAUGCAGGAAGGCGUUCGUUCGUUCCUUGUUGUGCCCUGCCUGCCUCUUCUCCCUUUCCCGUCCGGAAACUCGGCUCAGCAUCUCGGUCCUGCCGUUCAAGCGACAGUUUCCCCAGGCAGUGCAGUGCAGCAGUGCAAGUGCCAAAAAUCAGUCAGCAUCAAUCACAUGUCUUCUAUAAGGCAGGCGCGUCUGUUAAGCCCUCUCGUUCUCUCCCUUAUGCUUACCGCAGCUUCAUACCCCCCAAAAUACGGGAGAACCCGAGCGAGGAAGGGGCAUCGUGGGAUGUUUCGAAACACAAUGACGUCGUCCCCCAGAGCUGCCUUUGCCUGGUCCUUUCCUCUUUCUGAAACGGCAGCAUGUCGCCAUAUGCGUCCCCUGGAUAUUUACUAGGACCCUUCCACGCCCAUUUUCGCAUGUUUACUUUUUCCUUCAAAGCACCCAAGCCCUCCCUCCUCACAAGUGUCGUGAACGUACACCCCCGCGUGCA